AUGCUUUUCAUUCACACUCGUACCGUGGCUCUGGGCCCGUUUCAUCGUGCUUAUGCCACCCGCCUCUCAUACAAUGCACCUAUCGUGGCCAAGAGAGCAUAUUCGAGAACGUUUUUCAGUUGGAAGGCAGCGUUAACAUUCUUUGCGGCUGGCAGUUACUUGGCGUAUACCGAAUCUCUUUUCGAGAUAUACUCUGAUUACACCUCUACUGAUACAGAAGGAGAACUCCUACCAAUUCAGCUCGAUUUCAAAUUAAGAAGUCUUCCAUUGUAUCAAAGCAUGAUGCACUCACCAGCAUCCAAAAAUUGGGUCAGAUUGAGCUCUUGGGAGAAUUUGGAUAGAAAUGUUUUCGACGGACAAGACAGGAACGUAAAAGUCACAAAUCAAGAAGAAUACAAAAUCCCUAGUUUAGCUAACCAUACAUUGGCAAAACCAGGAGGCAUUCUUGUCAAGCCACUAAUCUUUCACAAUAUUGAAACAGAUGAAACUGUUACGAUUGUGCAUAUGGGAUAUAAAUUGUGUGGAUAUCCCUUCAUCAUCCAUGGAGGUAUCCUUGCCACCUUAUUGAAUGAAACCUUCAAGCGAAAUGCUUCUCUAUCGAAUGCCACGACUUCGUCUUUGAAAGAUGACUUCAAGGUCGAGUCUUUGAGCAUUAAUUACAAACGACCCCUGUUUGCAAACCAAUUCUUUAUUGUGAAGACAAAAGUUGAUAAGAGUGAUAAAAGUACAAAGGAAAUCAAGCUACACAGUGUAAUUGAAUCUGAGAAAGGAAAAGUGUUGGUUGAUAGUUUUGCUACGCUUAAAAACACAGGCAGAGAGACGAAGAAGGCCAAUGAAACUCAGGCUAGUAAAUGGGCCAUUUUUUAA